AGGCGACAUGUAAGCGCUUAAGACGAAGGGCAUCCAUCGCCUCUAGCUAGCCCUAGGCGCAGAGCAGAUCAAUUACUCAUCUCAUCGCAAAACAAUGUCCCAUCUGAACAUUCUCUCCUUCAAGUACAACCUUGCGAAGCUCCGGUCCAAAGCCGGGCGCCGGCGAAUUGGGCGGGCGCUGUCGGCCAGGGACCGCCAGUUCUCCGACCUGAGCACCUACAGGCCCGACGAGGAGGAGAUGAGGAAGGUUUUCGGCAUGAUAGCUGGCCAGCCCCGUGGCGUCAACAAGAGAGACCUCCAGCUGCUCCUGGAGCGGUUCGGGAAGGCGGACGCCGCCGCCGAGGCCCGGCGGAUGCUGUGCGUCGCGGACCACAACAAGGACGGGUACAUGGACCUGGAGGAGUUCAUGGAGGUGCACAGGAACGGCGUGCAGCUGGGGGACAUCCGGCGGGCGUUCUUCGUGUUCGACAGGGACGGGGACGGCAGGAUCAGCGCGGAGGAGGUCAUGGCCGUCCUGCGCAAGCUCGGGCAGAGCUGCGGCCUGGACGACUGCCGGGAGAUGGUGAGGGAGGUCGACAGGAACGGCGAUGGAUUCGUGGACAUGGACGAUUUUAUGGCCAUGAUGACGCGCCCGCGUAGGAGGCCGUGAGCGCCGCCGGCCUAGCUUCCGUGUGCACGUCCGAUCCCCUGAUGUAAAUAUGCCAUGCAAAUCACAUCCUGGAAUUAAAGAGUGUUUGCUA